AUGAGAAGCUGGACUUUCACUGUGUUCCUGCUGCUGUUGCUUAUGACACAUGCUGAAGCUCAAGGCAGGUGUGAUAAUGUGCAAGCAGCAGACAUUGUUUUUCUGGUGGAUGGAUCUUCCAGUAUUGGGAGCCCUAACUUCUUACAGGUGAAGGCCUUUAUAGCUGGAAUUAUCAAACCCUUUGCAAGUUCUGUCAGCGACACAGGAAUUCGCUUUGGGGCUAUACAGUACAGUGAUACCUCCAGGGUUGAGUUCACCUUCAAAACAUACCUUAAUGGCACAGCUCUAGUAAAGGCUGUGGAGAAUUUGAACUACAAGGGUGGAAAUACCCGCACUGGUGCUGGACUCAAGUUUGUCGCUGAUAAUUUCUUCAACCCAACAUACAGUAGAGAUGUCCCGAAGAUCACGAUCUUGAUCACAGACGGGAAGUCGCAGGACAGCGUGGAAGAACAAGCACAGAAGCUGCACAGUCAGGGGGUGCACAUCUUUGCAGUCGGCAUCAAGAGCGCAGACAACGAAGAACUUGCUAAGAUUUCCUCCAAGCCUAGCAGUGAUUUCACCUCGUUUGUCGGAGACUUCAAACUACUCAACACUCUUCUUCCACUUGUGAGCCCCCGGGUGUGCUCCAAAGCAGGCGGAGUCUAUGCAAGUGAUGAGGGAUUUUCCGGUCCAGCCAACAUUCAGUUCACUGGCGUGACAUCUGACUCACUAAGGUUCCGCUGGAAUUCCGCAGGUGGUCCCUUGAGGGGCUACGUGGUCCAAUAUGUGCCCCUUUCUGACCAGGGUCAACCUAUCACAGCAGAAUUGCGGCAGGAGACACUGUCUGCCAGUCAGAGAAGUUUCACUGCACGGGCUCUAAGGUCAGGAACAGAUUACCAAGUUACUGUCAUUGCUCAAUACCCCAACAGUGUUGGAGAAUCCGUUUCUGCUAAUCAACAAACCAAGCCCUUGGCUGGGAUCUCAGGUCUUCGUUUGAUCCAAGCAGGCUUCUUCACUCUUUCUUUGAGCUGGGAUCAGCCUUCAUCUCCUGUCCAAGGAUACCAACUUACCUACGGACCGCGAGGUCAGCCAUCUGGCCAGCUUUUGGUGGAGUCUUUGUCUGCAGACUCGACAUCUGUUAACCUGGAGUCACUUAAACCCGAUACGGAGUACAUCAUAAGCCUCUACCCUCUUUUCCCUCGAAACGCUGCACCUCCGGCCACCCUGAAUGCCCGCACAUUGCGCCUGGAGGCAGUGCGGCAGCUGUCUGUGGAGACAGAGUCAGAAAGCAGCGUUCGCGUGAUGUGGAGAGGCGUCAGCGGUGCGCUUGCCUACCGUCUGGUGUGGGGAGCAGUCACAGGUCUAAAUGUUGAAACGGUGGAAGUUGCAGGGGACAGCGAGACUUACACAUUACCUCAACUUCAGCCUGACAUCGAGUACAUCCUUACUGUAAUUCCACUCUAUCAGGGAAACAUUGAGGGAUCCAGGGAAACAGCCAGAUUCAAGAUAGAGCGACAGCUGCAGCAGGUCAUCAAUGCAGCGAUCACCAGCCCUACAUCCAUUCGUCUCACCUGGAGAAUCAUUCCAUCCUCUCAGGGGUACCGCUUGGAGUGGCGGGAAGGACAAGGUGGCAGUGCCCAGACCUUGUCUUUACCAAGGAGCACUAGCAAAUAUGAGUUAACUGGGCUUCAGCCCAACACGGAAUACCAUAUUACCCUGUACACGCUGUUUGAAGGUCGCGAGGAGGCAACACCUGUGUACACUAUAUCUAGAGGUCAGCGACAGUUAGGCUAAGUGACCAACCUGAGAGUUCUGGAGUCUUUGGGCAGUACAGUCAGACUUGGCUGGACUGGUGUAGCUGGGGCUAAGCAGUACCGUGUCAUUAUCCGAAGCUCUGAGGUGGGAGUACAAAAUAUUCAGAUUGUCCCUGGAAACCAGACGGCCCUUGACCUCCAAGAUCUGAUCGUGGGAGUCUCCUAUGAUGUAAGUGUCACACCCCUGACAGAAGAAAUUGAAGGCGAGCCAGUCAGCGUCUUUGUAAGACCAGAGCAAGGCAUUGGAAGAGUGUCGAACCUCAGAGUGAUACAUGCAAAUAGCCGGAGGAUUCGAAUAGCCUGGACAGGUGUUAAUACUGCAACAGGUUACAGAAUUACAUGGAGACAAGGCAAUAGUGGUGAGCAGUCUCGUGAUGUGGGAGCAGAUGCCUCAGUCUUUUCGAUAGAAGGACUGCAACCUGAUGAGGCGCUGGUUUUUGGUGUGGCAGCCAUAGUCAAUGAUCGGGUUGGGGAGGCGGUAACGCUGUCCACACGGACCAACCCGAACAGUGGAACUGUUUAUGGCCUUCGUGUAGUCAAUGUCACGCCUCAAAGUAUCCGCAUAGAAUGGUCUCCCUACAUAAGGGCAACUGGCUAUAGGAUAAGAUGGCGCAAUGAUGUAGAUGGAGUGGAAACAAUUCAGAACAUCGCUGCUGAUGUCUCUUCCUUCACCAUUGAUGGACUCCAGUCCGAUACUGUUUACAACGUGUUUGUGUCUGCUCUGAGUGGCUCAAGAGAGGGAAGUCCUGGUACACUCAGUGUGAGAACAGAAUCAAAUCAGUUUCCUAUUGGCCCUGUGACGUUACUCCAAGUCCAGGAGAACGGAGGAAAGGUUGUCAGAUUGUCUUGGGUCGGUGUACGAGGAGCAACAGCAUAUCGGCUGUCAUGGAAAAGAACAGAUGGUGGUGAGGAGACAAGUCAGUUGGUGGGGGGAGACGUGACUGUUGUGGAUUUAGACCAACUUGAUCCAGGGGCCCGCUAUGAAGUGAAGGUUAUGGCUUUAAUUCAGAACCGGGAAGGAACGCCAGUUUCUAUCCGAGUGACUACACCUGGUGUACCUUCCUUACCGGCCACACCUUUAAGAGUAGCUGAGGUAACCCAGGAUUCUGUGCGGCUGAGCUGGGAGCCAUUACCAGGUGUCCGAGGGUAUGUUCUGCGCUGGAGAAAGGAAACUGAUCGUGGUCCAGGUUUAUCGGUCACACUGCCUGAUUCAUCCACCUCCUACCAAGUUACCGGGCUACGUCUGGGCCAUCAGUAUCGCUUUACCAUACAGCCCACGUUUGAAAGUGGAGUGGGAAGAGAGAGCGUUGCCACCGAGCGCACCGUGUGUCUCGGUGGACGUCUGGAUGUGAUCUUUCUUGUGCCAGCAUCUACUGAUCGGACUAACAUUGCCGAACCUUUGCGUGCUCUUCUUACAAGCGCAGUGGGUUCAUUCAACACUAUUGGAGUGCGUGACUCACAGGUUGGGGUUGUUGUAUAUGGUUAUAGUCCCCAAAUUUGGUUCCCACUUAGUCGUCACAGCAGAUCAGACACGCUGCUCCAAGAAAUUCAGUCGACACCUUUUGGUGAAAGUCCAGGAAAUAACAUUGGUCAGGCUGUGAGUUUUGCCAGACGGUAUCUUCUGACAACCUCUGCCGGAAGGAGGCCAAGGGUGCCAGGGGUUGUUGUCAUCAUUGCUGACAAAAAGUCUGUGGACGACUUAACACUUGCUGCCUCCGGCCUCCAAGGAACUGGUGUGACCGUGUUGGCAGUUGGUUUAGAUCAGGCAGAUACUGAUGAACUGCGGCGGUCCGUGACCGACGGGAGCACCCAGAACCUUCUAUAUGUGCGCGAUGCCUCCCAGUUGGAAGCGCUCCAUACUGAUCUUGCAGACUUGCUGUGUGGCAUUGCUAGAACGCAAGGGGGAAGCCCAAGCCCGGAAGAAUGUACUGUUCAGUGUCCACGAGGAGAGAAAGGUUAUCCUGGAGAGAAGGGUGAGAGAGGCAGAGACGGUGUCAAUGGACAGAAAGGAGAACCUGGUCGGGAUGGUUUCCCGGGAAGAGAUGGGCCAAGAGGCCCUGAAGGGCGUCCAGGUCUACCAGGGCCUGCUGUUCCUGUUGAACCCUCAGUGGGGCCAAAAGGAGAUAGGGGGGAACGAGGUUUUCCCGGUAAUGAUGGAAAUCCAGGUUUGCCAGGACGGCCAGGUUCCCCGGGAAAUACGGGACUUCCUGGUUCACAGGGUCUACCUGGUAUCAGAGGAAGCCAAGGUGAACCCGGUGUGGCAGGGGCCCAAGGACCAAAGGGUGAUCGUGGUGAAAGGGGAGAGCCUGGAUCCACAUCGGGAGGAGGUUUUCCAGGACGCAAGGGAGAACCAGGCAUCCCAGGAAUACCUGGGACCCCAGGUCGACCAGGCAGCGACGGUUCCAAAGGUAUCCAGGGACAAGCAGGUAUACCAGGGCAGGAUGGUCGCCCAGGGCUACCAGGAACACCAGGACUCUCCAUCAAGGGAGACAAGGGCAGCCCAGGAGAGAGGGGACUUCCAGGAGUCGGCAGUGGUGUGCCCAUACCUGGCGAGAAGGGCUCCCUUGGUUCUCCAGGACCUCCUGGAGCACAAGGUCCUAGAGGGCUGUCUGGAUCACAGGGGGCCAAAGGAGAAAAGGGUGACAGUGCUGUUGGGCUACCUGGAAUAGCAGGCAGGCAGGGCGAUCCUGGUGACAGGGGUCCUCGUGGCCCCCCAGGAGAAAUUGGCAGUAAGGGUGAUCGAGGUCAUCCGGGUGAGCCUGGGUCACAGGGAGACCGGGGAGAAAGAGGACUUGUUGGUGAAACCGGAGCAAGGGGAGACCCAGGAAAACCAGGAACCCAAGGACCACCGGGCUUGAGGGGUUCCCCAGGGUCUGCCGGAGCGGCAGGAGAAAAGGGAAACGAAGGAGCACGAGGGGAACCAGGGCGAAGUAUUCAAGGUCCCCAAGGGAAGAAAGGGGAACAGGGGGAGCCAGGUGUGUCUGGAUUUGAGGGGCCUAAAGGAACAAAAGGAGACCAAGGACAAAGAGGGGAAAAAGGAUCUUCAGGGUCAGGCUUGGGCACGAGUGGGCCUAAAGGAGAGCGAGGGGAGCCAGGAAGUCCAGGUAUCAGCGGCCGGCCCGGUGCCAAGGGAGACUCAGGUGAGCCAGGAGAGAGGGGAGAAGAUGGCCGGCCUGGCGUGCCAGGGAAGCUUGGUCUUCCUGGGAAACAGGGAGAACGGGGAGAGAAAGGGGAUGAAGGCACCCCCGGAGAAUCAGGACUUCCAGGGAAGCCGGGAGAACGAGGAGUGAGGGGACUCUCUGGUCAGCCAGGGAGGCCUGGAGAAAAGGGAGAUGCAGGAGAGCCGGGAGAGGAUGGGCGAAAUGGCAACCCUGGACUCACAGGACCCAGAGGAGAGAAGGGAGUACAGGGACUUCAAGGACCUCCAGGACCACCUGGGAAAGUGGCGGACACCCUCAGCCAGUUGAAAGGAGAGCGAGGAGAGAAGGGUGACGCAGGAAAUCCAGGCGCAAACGGCAGCAACGGUCAGAAAGGUGACGCUGGAACGCCUGGAACUGUAGGCCCAAGAGGUCCUGAGGGACAACGUGGGCUUACAGGAUCCAGAGGUGACAGUGGAGAAAGAGGAAUACCUGGAGAGAAGGGAGAAAGAGGAGCCUCUGGAUUGGAUGGUCGUCCUGGUCUGGAUGGUAAACCAGGUGCUGCAGGACCACCUGGUCAGAGGGGUGAUCCUGGGAAAUCGGGUGAACCUGGAAGAGAUGGUUUAGCAGGACUCCGAGGUGAACAGGGUCCCCAAGGGCCUGUGGGCUCUCCAGGUGCUCCAGGGACCCCAGGCAAAGUGGGAGAAGAUGGCAAACCUGGGCUUCCUGGCAAAAUGGGCGAGGAUGGUUUGCCAGGAGAGGAUGGGCGAAAGGGUGAAAGAGGAGCCGUGGGAGCUGCUGGUCGAGAUGGCCGUGACGGGCAAAAAGGAGAGCGUGGUCUCACUGGCCCAUCAGGCCCUCCAGGCCUUACGGGACCUGCGGGACUGCCUGGUGGCAUAGGUCCUCCUGGACAGGUUGUGUACGUCAAAGGAACCGACGCAGCGCCGAUCCCAGGCCCCCAAGGACCGCCAGGAACAUCUGGUGUACCGGGGAUUCCCGGAGCUGCGGGUCCUCGAGGUGACAGGGGCCCUGCUGGUGCUAAAGGUGACAUUGGUGACCCAGGAGAAGACGGAGCACCUGGCAAACCUGGAACUGCAGUGGAUGUAAUAAAGGCUCUGGGCAACCUCGGAAUUCAGGUGUCUGACCUAAAGACAGUUGUGGACAGGAAGGACACUGUGCCUGCUCCAGCAGUGAAGGCAGAGAGAGGUGAAAAAGGAGACAGGGGUGAGACUGGUUUAAGAGGACCAGCUGGUGCGGAUGGAGCACGUGGCUUUUCAGGGGACAGAGGGCCAAAGGGUGAACAAGGAGAAAGAGGUCCGAUAGGAACACCGGGACCUCCUGGGAGAGCUAUAGGAGAACGAGGGCUGGUAGGACCUCCAGGGCCAGCAGGAGAGCCAGGAAAGCCGGGUAUUCCAGGUGUUCCAGGGCGAGCUGGUGAACUUGGAGAGGUUGGACGACCAGGGGAGAAGGGUGACAGAGGAGAGAAGGGCGAGAGAGGCGAGUCUGGAAAAGCAGGGCUUUCGGGGUUUCCUGGUCCACCGGGUCAAAAGGGUGCAUCUGCUGACUCAGUACUGACUGGUCCGCCCGGUGCCAGAGGCCCUCCCGGACUUGCAGGACCUAAGGGAGAGCCUGGUGUUCCGGGGCAACCGGGAGCUAAAGGUGAUCGGGGAUUUGAAGGACCUCGUGGUGAUAAAGGAAGCAGAGGCGACACUGGAGAGAAGGGACAGAAUGGCUCACAGGGAAUGGCAGGGGAACCUGGUAAACCUGGUCAGGAUGGUAAACCAGGUCUAACAGGGCAAGCUGGUCCUCGAGGCCUACCGGGAAACCCAGGAGAGCCUGGUAUCAGGGGACUAAGUGGCUCUCUUGGGCCAAAUGGACUUCCUGGUCCACCGGGCCUGAAGGGUAAUCAAGGAGAACCCGGAGUUGGUGUUCAGGGUCCUCCCGGUGCUCAAGGUAGUACAGGACUGCCAGGAAACCCAGGUCCUCCAGGAGCUGUAGGUCCACAGGGGCCUCCCGGCUUGUCAGGGCAGGUGGGUGAAGCAGGAAAGCCUGGGGUACCUGGACGAGAUGGAGUGCCCGGGAAAGAUGGAUUACCUGGAUUGUCAGGGAAACAGGGCAUUGUUGGCCCACCAGGUCAACCAGGCCUCAAGGGGGAACAGGGAGACAGUGGUCCUCCAGGGAAGGCUACGGCAGGCCCCCCUGGUGUCAAAGGAGAGAAGGGUCUCCCAGGACAAACACUACCAGGAAUGCCAGGAGAGCGAGGACUACCAGGCGAAAAGGGUGGCCGUGGAGACAGAGGUGUUGCUGGCAUCAGAGGCGAGCGUGGUGAGGUUGGCGAAGCGGGACAGCCAGGAGAAAAUGGAAGUCAAGGUCCUUCCGGGCCAAAAGGAGAUAAGGGAGAGCGAGGCAUAGGAAUGAUAGGACCUGCAGGAAGCACUGGACCACAAGGUUUAAAGGGCGAUCCAGGUCUCCCCGGUUCAGCUGGGCCUCCAGGGUUGCCAGGGAAGUCUGGGGAUGGUGGGCCUCCCGGUCUGAGAGGGGAAAUUGGAGAACUAGGACCCCCUGGGCCACCAGGAGAGAGGGGUCUCCAAGGAUUUCUAGGCCGGCCGGGAAAUAUUGGACCUCCUGGUCCAGUUGGUCCUACUGGGCAAGCUGGGUCUCCUGGUGUAGACGGCAUGAAAGGAGACAAGGGUGAAACAGGACUUGGCGUGACAGGUCCAAGAGGAGAGCGUGGCGAACCAGGAAUAAGGGGUGAAGAGGGCCGUUCAGGCUUGGAUGGCGAGAGGGGGCCAACUGGUCCACCUGGGGUGCGCGGAGCUCGGGGAGAAAAGGGAGAUGUGGGCCUGCAAGGGGAGAGAGGAGAAAAGGGGGACACAAUGCUGAUUGGGGGCCCUCCUGGAGAAAAGGGCAACAUAGGAGAACAAGGUGACAGGGGACCAAAAGGUGUGCAAGGUGAAAAAGGCACAAAGGGGCAAGAGGGCCCACCAGGGGAGCAGGGGCUGAGGGGAGAGCCUGGAGAAAGAGGCUCCACUGGAUUCCCUGGUGCACGCGGUCCUGGUGGACAGAAGGGAGAAGCAGGUCAGGCCGGAGUGCCUGGUGAAGCGGGUUUACCUGGAAAAGACGGGUUGCUCGGGCGCAAGGGUGAUAAAGGAGAGAUUGGUAUCAUCGGAAUGAGAGGAAUAAAGGGCGACCGAGGAUCCAAGGGGCUUUGUGGAAGCGAUGGACCCAAAGGAGAGAAGGGGGACAAUGGCCUUCAUGGGCGACCAGGCCUACCAGGCAGAAAAGGUGAUCAGGGGGAUGUUGGCCCCUCCGGAGCCCCAGGUAUCCCGGGAAAAGAGGGCCUAGUGGGGCCCAAGGGGGACCGUGGCUUUGAUGGGGUCGAGGGAGCUAAAGGAACUCAGGGUGACAAAGGUGAAAGGGGGGCGCCUGGUGUUCCUGGCCCGCCUGGACCCAGAGGAGCGGACGGUGCAACUGGACUGACAGGUCCGCAGGGACCGGCUGGUGCAAAAGGUCCCGAAGGCCUCCAGGGACAGAAGGGAGAGAGGGGGCCUGCUGGUCAAGCCAUGGUGGGCCCACGUGGUAUGCCAGGGAUCCCAGGGGAACGCGGAGAGUCGGGGGAGAUGGGCCCAGAUGGAGCCAAAGGCGAAAGAGGAGUGCCAGGCAUGACGGAGACCGAGGUCAGAGAAUAUGUACGCACAGAGAUGAGUCAGCACUGUGCUCUAUCAGCGUCAGGCCCUGUCACUCGCUCCCAGGUUGUGGCACCGGAGCAACUUGCAGCCCUGAAAGCUGAGGAGGGCCGUGAGCUGCGUGUGGUGAUGAACACCAACGACCCCGACUACGAGCACAUCUACUCCAUCGACAGCUACGACGACCCCCUGGAUGAGCUGCUGUAUUUCCCUCCUGCAGACAAUCAAACUGAUGCUCCAGCAGACAUUUGCCUCCAGCCGAUGGAGGAGGGCAGCUGUGUGCGCUUCACUUUGCGCUGGUACUUUAACAGCCGGGUCCAGGCAUGUAGGCCCUUCAUAUACAGUGGUUGCGGAGGAAACGACAACAGUUUCCUUCACUUGGAGCAGUGUGAGGAAUUGUGCCUUGGCAAAGCUGAAGGAUCUCCCUUGCUGCGGUGA